AAAUCUUAGCAAAACAAAGAAAUAAAUAAAAAAUAGGACUAUGAUCUUGCCUACCAAUCUCAAACAACUCCAUCCGAUAAGAAGAUAGCUAUUUGAAAACGAAUUGAAAUUUCGAAAACUUUCCACUCUGAUAUUGGCAAAACGGGCACAGUAAAUAUUUACGCACAUGCAAAGUAGGUACAUCCCAAGAUAGGCUGACUAAAGUGCAUUUCAUUGAAUAAUUACCCUAGUGUUUGGUGUUACAGGUUAAAGGAGUGAUUCUCACUCUACAUAUGUAAAAAUAUUUUUUCGGAAUGUUGUUAAAGAUUCGACAUGCUCUUCUGGAGAUCACGAAUCAUCCAGUGACCAAGCAGUCAGCUAUUAUUAUAAACAAUGAAAUCAUAAUAACUUCGGGUGGAAUACUACAGCCCUAUGUGCGGCCGAAAAAAUCUUCUACAGAGGUCAGGCAGGAUAAUGAAAAUUGUCCCAGUGGCAAAAUAAUACAGAAUUUACAGCAGUGCAAGCUAAUCAAUGCCCAAGAUGGUAACAGCGAUGAAGCAAGACAUUUAAAUGCCUUAAAUUAUCAGGUGACAUUUGAUCGACGAAAAUUACCACCGUCAAAAGAAGGACGUAGGCAACCACAUAUACUAACUCGUUAUUGUGCUAAGUUAUUAUAUCUGUUCAAUUCAGCGGAGAUUUCACGACAUUUGUUGCGCUUCCUAGGUACUCAACACGUCGAUAAAGCAACUGCAGCGCAUAACGAAGUCUUACUUUCCAGUUUCCUGGUGCUGAGCAUGCGUUGUGAUGGUACUAAGGAAAAUUUCCAACGCUUCCUAAGACAUAUUGCCCACUAUCUACGCUAUCUGCAGCCGAUACAUACACUAGACGAUGUUCUGGUCAUGUGUACGCCAUUUGGUUUAGAAAACUUCUACAAGACAAUUAGUAUUGGUAAAGUAUCAAAUGUUAUGGGCCGUGAUGGCUGCCUUUUUGUGCUCUCCAAUGCUUUAGCACUGGGCUGUGAAGGAGCCGCUGUCUUCAAUAACAAGUUGCGCUUAAUAGGCAUGAUAAUGUGCACUUCAUUUCAGCGACAACAAGAAAAUGUCAAUUUGACUUUGGCAGCGAAUUUUGCGUUUUUGUUACGUGAUUUUAUGCGACAAUUGGGAUUGAACAUAACAUCGGUGCCUGUGCCUAGAUAUUCAUCCAAUUUUCCAUGGGAGCGCGCAAUGGUUGUGAUUGAAGCUGCUGGCAGCCAAGGAACUGGCACCUUUGUGAAAGUGUUGAAUAAAAAGUUUAUACUUACUUGUACGCAUGUAGUCUUUAAGUUAAAUACCACUGCAAUUUGUCGCAGUGUCGAUGGAGAAUUCGAGUCGGAAGUGCUUUGGCGAAAUCCACAAUAUGACCAACCCUUCGACGUCGCUCUCUUAGCAGCGCCAGAUAAUGUUCCUGAGCGGUACUGUGUGCGUUUAUCCAAUGUUAAGCCUAGCCUGGGCCAAAAUGUUUAUAAUGCAGGCUUUCCGUAUUUUGUCAAUUUCAAUUUGAAAUAUGAUUUCAAUCCGGCAAUAUUUCAAGGACGAAUCAUAAAAUAUACACCUGGUGCAAUCAUGUCUGAUGGUUGUGUACAAGCGGGCCAAAGUGGUGGUCCAAUGUUUGAUGAGCAGGGCUGUAUUUUGGGUAUAUGUGUGUCGAAUAUUAAGGUGGGCAAUGUGGUGUAUCCUAAUUUGAAUACUGCAGUGCCCAUAUGCCAGAUACGUACGUGGUUAGAGCAGUAUGCGCGAACAAAUGAUAUAAAACUUCUUAGUAAUUUGGUAGCAAACAAGGAAAUGCAACGUUUGUGGGCAUUGGAAGCACCACCUAUUCUUAGUAAAUUAUAGUUGUGGGAAAUAAAUUCCAUUUUCUCUUUUGAUAUUGGAAUAUUUACGUAUAUCUUUUAUCUCAGCCAAACUGUAUAUACAUAUAUUUAUUUUUAUGCGGAUGUAUAAUUAUUAAAAUAG